AAGUCUGACUCAAUUGAUGAUGACAAAAGAUUCUACGCUUUACUCCAUUGCGAACAAUGUCAGCUCUGCUAUCCCUAAUAGAGGAAUUUCGGCUGCGGGGCUACCGGUGUUAACGGAGCUAAAUGAUAGCCCCCAUCCCUGCGUCAAGCCAUCAUCGUCGUCUUUCUCUCCGACAAUAUUUCAUUCUCAAUUAUUCAUCACUUUUCUCUGUAUAGUAAUUCAACAAGGAAAUCAUCUGUAAUCAUGGCCCUUCAGAUGGCAGAAGACGUUAUGUUGGUUGACGAUAACGACAUCGCCGCCGAGACACGGCGCGGAGGUCGUCGGCGGCCUUUGACGGAGAAGAGAAAGACACAAAAUAGAAAAGCCCAGCGCACCUAUCGUGAAAAGCAAAAGGCUCGAAUCGACGAACUAGAGCGCAUGGUCGCUCAGCAUAUGGAAAGGCAAGCGACCGGGCAGCUGCAACAUCCGGAACAGCAACAAUCAUCUCCCGAAGAAGAGAUCCAUCAUAUUCCCACGCCGGGCACGACGUCAAGUUCAGGAUCCUCUGGACCAGCAGGCGAACUAGAUGAAGGGCUGCAGCAUCAGGAGACAAUUAAACAGCCGCUUGGCUCUGUUGACUUGGGAGUACCAACCCAACCAGACUAUGGAUUGAACAACAGUUUGGACUUUUCUUCGAGCCUGUUUCCACUUUAUCCACUGGACGGUCCUCUAUUAGGAAAUGUCGAUUUCUCUCUAUACGACAAUGCUGGCGUCAGCAUGCCCACCCAGACGAGCGAUGGCCCCGCAACCGACUCGUCAAUACCGUCAAUACCAUCUGUACCGUCCUUUGAUGCUCCGGAAUCAAGCCAGCUUCCAGUUACGCAGUCUUCACCGGUGCAACCUAGUCCAAUUCCGAGUCUUUCAGAUCAAACUGAUUGGACGCGAUUACUGCAACGGUCAAGCGUCGGGCGGAAAACGCCCUACCCUUUUCAAGAUACGACGGCUCUCGGCAAGGAGGUUCCGCUACCAUUUGCAAAUCUAGACAGUCAAAGCUCUUCUCCAACGUCCUCUCUAGAGCAAACUGGGUUUCAAGUUGCAUCUCGUCCGGGAGGCGACUUGUCCCGGCCGAAGUCACCAGCGUCCUCUACAACCCGUGAUCGUCGAUUACUUGAAGGGCGCAAUGAAGAUGAUAGUAAUGAUCCUGCAUUAGACAUACUCCGGCGCCUCUUCCAAAUUGAAAACAACGAGAAGAAUAACAACAUUAUGCGCGUCAUUCGAGAGAACAGGCUGAAUCUCGGACAAAUCCUCCUCACCGGCCUCGAAGCCGUUCAAAACCGGCACGUGCCAAAUUCCAGUUCAGCUCGUGCGCUUCAAGGAAUCGGAGACCCCUUUGCGGACACUAUAAACAUAUCACAGUGCGAUGUCAAGGAAGCCAUUGUACGUAAUUCCGAAUUCAUUGGCAUGUCAAUACCCCAGUUGUACCGGUGGGGUCGCGGCUCUAUCUUUUACCGUCCCGAUGUCGACCCAACAGACAAUAUAGAGCCGAUCUUGGAGCAAAUGGGGCAGCACUAUCCGCCUGAUUUACGCCCUGUGCGCGCCCAAGUUUUAUACAACCAUCACCCGUUUUUCGAUCUUGUUCCGUUUCCAAACCUUCGUGAGCGCGUCAUUUCUUUAGCCGCAGUCAGUCCUCCCAUUUUCGACAUGGGCGAGUUCAAGAUGGAUAUGGUCAGUGGAGGGUUAAAAUGUUGGCGAGGCGCCCGAAAUGGCAGUGGGCAGCCUUGGGAUCAACGAUAUUGGGAAGCCGCGCCGUGGUUUCUUCAGAAGUGGUGGAUGGUGGUAGGCGAUCGAGACGGCGACUUAUGGACCCAGACACGCUGGUGGAGAACGUUCAGGGGAGAAAAGGGCGAUAUCCUGCCAACCCCUUCAGUGACACCACCCUAGUUCAACACCAUUGUGCGUUGCACGCAUAUCACAUAUCGGCGGUUCUUCAUCUCAAAUUCUAUAGACCACCUACAGUCAGGGAUUGAUGGUAUAGGGGCUUGAGAUUUUUUUUGACGAUUAUUUCUAGCGAGACGACACGGAUACACAAAUUGUUGCAAUUCCCGCAGGAGAAUUGAGUACCAACUUUCAUCACUAUAUAUGUAAUAUACCCAGGGAAAAGAGUUACAGCAGGGAAAGAAUGCACUUGGCUUUUGGUUUUUGGAUGCUUUUAUACAUUAUAGCGUUAUUUUGAAUCCACAAUCUCCACUUGAACUAAAAGAAGUCUAGAAAAUCUAGAGAAUUAAUAGAAUAUUCUGC